CAGCAGCAGCAGAAGCAGCAGCCUCAGAGGAAGGUCAAGAAGGACGAGGAGCUGCUGGAUCAACUCAUUCAAGAUCUGAAUGAAGUCAAUGACAUUCCCUUCUUCGAUGUUGAUUUGCCAUACGAGUUGGCAUUGAAGAUAUUCCAGUAUCUCAACUGUACUGAGCUGGGCCGAUGUGCACAGGUGAGCAGGGCAUGGAGAGUCCUCGCAGAGGACGGCGUUCUGUGGUUCAGGAUGUGCACGAGGGAGGGUUAUCACCGGGAUGCCGGCGUGUCCGACUCCCCCUGCUGGAAGAGCACGCUGCGUGACUGCAGGAGUUCGGCCAAAACGGUGUGCUCCAACUGGAAGAACCGAGUUGGAUCCAUCAGCCAGCUGCAGUUCGAGCUGGGGAAGGUGCUGUGUGAUGUCAGCUCCUGUGACAGCUUUGUCUUGGCUGGGUACACAUCUGGUGACGUGAGACUGUGGGAUACGCUGCAUUGGGACUCGACGGCCUCUUACCUGAAGCCUAACAGCCUGUCAACUAACUCUGACCCCAGACCUUAUGUUAGUCACGUCCAGGUCAACAGCACAGUGGCUGCUGCUGCUUAUGAAGACGGCUGCGUGGACCUGUGGAGCACAGAGACCGGUGGAGAGCCCAUCCACCACUACCAGAGCCCAGGGAGGGUCCAGGCCCUGGCCCUGAGCCCUGACAGUCCCGUCUUGGUCUCCGCAGCUGGGCCUGAUAUUCGGCUGGACCGUGCCGACGACUGUGGGUACUGGAGGACUCUGUGCCAGGCUCAGCUACCCAAAACUGUAGAGAGUCUGGUUUUGGUGCCUGGCAGGGGGCAGCAGUGCACGCUGGCGGCCGUGACAGCAGGAGAGACCGUGUACCUAUUGGACGACCGGGAGGAGGAGCCACGGACGCUCCACUCAGUCUACGGUCAUCCUGUUACCUGCUUGGAUGCCUCUGACUCACAUGUUGCACUUGGAGUGAAGAGCACGGGCUGGUCCAUGCACGGUGGAGGAAACAAGAUCCACAUCUACAACCUAGAGACGGGCAAGCCUGUGGUUUGUGUUGGCAACUCGCCGGGAGAUUUCACUUGCAUCAACUUGAGAGACACUCCAGCUCACCUGCUGGUGUGUGGAAACAAAGACAGGAGGGUGAGGGUGUUUGACCUACGAGCCGGCUCCUCCGUGGCGUCCCUGUACGCCCACCACCUGGGUGUCACUUCGGUGCAGGCGGACGACUGGAAGAUCGUGAGCGGCGGAGGCGAAGGAUUGGUGUGCGUUUGGGAGAUGAGGAUGGGAGCGAAGCUGUGGGAGAUGCACAACCGGCAUCCUGUCAGGCAUGUACGCUUCAACACCAGCACCCUGGUAACAGCCAACAUCCCCGAUGACAAGUCACCGCGGGGGGCCUGCAUCACAGACGAUGACCUUACAGCUCACCGCAGACACCGGGGGGUCAUCUGCCAUUACGACUUCUCUGAGAAUGCGCUGUCACAGGAGCACAUCCUGCCCAUCUGCAGGUCCGACUACACUGAAUCCUACGGCUACAACUACAACAUCGGCCUCACGGUGCCUUAUGACAGGCUGUCUGGUUCCCAUUCAUCCCACUGACAUGCAGUUCUCCAAAGUGCAACUGGGCUCAGUGUGUGACUGAACGGACAAUAGGACCCCCCCCUAUCAGUUAGAUUCUCCAAACUGUCCUUUUAUUUUAUUACUUUUCUUUUAUCGUCCUUGUUAAAUCAAGCUUUUUGGAAAUGUAACGUUUUGUUGUAUAUUACCUGUAACUGUUGCAAAAGUAUUUUCAAUGUUGAAUACAGCUGCAGAGAUGUUGCACAAGAUCAUCAGUUUUUAAACCAAUACUGUAACAUCUAUGGAUUUUUAAUUGUUCGGCUUCCUGGAUUUGAUUCAGUGCUGCUGUGCAACAUCACAGCAAUAAAAAAAAUAUAUAUUUCUACCUCAUUCAUUUCUUCUUUGCAUAUUUGUUAUUAGUUUCUCUGAAAAACAUCUCAGGCAUUUUAUCAUAAUGUC